AUGACGUGGGCCCCUAAACACCCCGACUUUGUGUUGGGAAUGAAGACAAAUUACCAUAUCGACCGCUACUACCGCACCAUCUACCGCAUCUGCGUUUCCGAGGUGGUGGGUGUGAGGCCCGAGGACGUCGACACCCUUUACGAGCACGACAUGUCUACCUGUCGCAUGCUCGACCUCAAGAAGACCCAGGGCCAGAGCUGGGACGAUCGGACUGCGCUAAAGCGGCUGCUCACCGUGGGCUUGUAA